AUUGCAAUUAGACAGUUAACCAAAGAAGACAAUUGUCCUGUUAUCGUGUUAGCAUGUUUUUCAAAUAUCCUUUGAGAAUAGAAAUUAGAAAAUUUAUAUGUGCCCCGAGGAGCCCCAUUGAAGUUAUCUAUCAUUUUUAUAAAUUUUUAAAUAAUUUACAGAAUAUAAUAUAACACACACAUAUAUAUAUAUAUAUACAUAUAUAUAUAUAUAUAUAAUAUUGCAUAGUGUUUGAAUGAUUUUUAACAAUGAGCAACGGAUGUGAAAUUGCAUUAAAUAAAACUGGUUGGGGAGCAUGUCAUUAUUUUAUCGUUGGAUUAUGCGGAAUUUGUACAUUCGUAGAAGCUAUUGCCUCCGUUAUUGUUUUCGUAAUAUCACGUUUGAUAGUGUGCGAUUUAAAAUUGGAGAAGAAUGACAUCAUUGUAUUCAAUGCUACGCAAUCUUUUGGAAUGGCAAUUGGUUCCUUCUUGUUCGGAAGUUUAGCCGACAUUUGUGGACGUAAAGGAAUAAUUACUUUCACCAUGGUUCUUAUAUUUUCUUCAUCGAUAGCACUCUCCUUCGCUCAAACUGUAUUUUUGAUAAACUUAUUUAUAUUUUUAUUAGGUCUAGGAUUAGCUGGAAGCUAUAUAGUUUUGAGAGUCUAUCUUAUUGAAUGCCUGCCAAUUAAAAAGAGAGAGAUUUGUCUGGCUAUAAUAGAUAUUGCUUGGAUUCUCGGUUAUCUGUCUGCUUUAGGUGUGUCUUGGUCAUUAGUUCCUUCUAUCAUACAAAUGCUUUAUAAAAAAUUCCGUCCAAGUUCCUGGCGAGUUCUUGCUGGUAUUGGUGGUGCACCAAGUUUGAUGAUAGCCUGUGCAGUUAGUUUAUUACCAGAAACACCAAGAUUUUUGUUAUAUCAACAACGUCAGGAAGAAGCGAUUACGGUUUUAAGGCAGAUGUAUGCUAUUAAUAAUUCAAAGCAUAUAGAAACUUAUCCGGUACAUUAAUUAAUUGUUUAUUAAUGGAUUUCUUUUUUUCUUCUUUCCUUAGUCGAUUUGAACACUUGCAUUGAGCAAGACGAAGAAACCGACGAUACGAAUAGUCUAUUCAAAAUGAUUUAUAGAUAUUGCAUGAAGACAUACGAACGAUUACAUAAAUUGUUUCGAUUGCCAUUUAGACGUAUCACAAUAUGCAGCUUAUUUUUAUGCUUCUUACAAUUUCCUGGAUUCAUUUGGCUUGCCCUUUGGGAUAGUCAUUUGUUACAAGAACUUGGAAAAGAAUUGAAGGAGAAGGAUAAAGGAAUUGAUUUUACGUGCAAUAUUAAUUUCUCAGAGAUUGCCGAGAGUCUCUUAUUAAGUUGUCAACAAAUUAAUCAUCAACGUUUCAUAUUUCUAUUAUCUAUUUCUUUUAGUUACUUAUUGGGAGAAAUUUUGCUUAUGAUAGGAAUACAAGUUGUUAGAAAAAAAUGGAUUAUUGUGUAUCAUAUAAAUUAUUUGAUUUCAAUAUUUUAUUUUACAUUUGCAGUAUUAUCAUCAUUCAUAGGAGGCAUAGCGAUAUUCUGUAUAAUUUUUUUAUUUCAAUAUGCUAUGCAAAUCAUUUUCUCCAUAUUAUUUCUCGCAUCAUAUGCGAUUAAUAAUACAAUUGUUAAUAUUCUAAUAGCUGAAAAUUAUCCAACCUGUUUGAGGGGUACUGUUAUGGGAUUAACAAGAAUAUUACCACAUUUGGCAGCUACGAUGAUUAAAUUUGUUUCAAAUAUUUCAUGUGUACUUAGUAUAAUAGCAGCCUUUAUUAUUUUAAUAAGUACUGCCAUCGUUGUUAUACCAAUACCAGAUUUAAAUGGAAUACCGAUACAAGAACGAUCUAUUAUUCAAGAUAAUUCAUAA